AUGGAGAUCAGUGCCGCGACCUCGCUUCUCUUCCCAGACAAAUGCGUCACUAGCGAGCUGCUGAAGGACCUGCCCCUGAGUGGGGGGCUGAGCGUGACCCCGACCGUGACCCCCCAGAGCGUGGACCUGAGCGCCGAUGCUGAGCUGCUGAAGGGAGGUCCCCUCCCAUCCCCAAAGGAGCUCAUCAACGGGAACAUCAAAACCAUCACAGAGUACCGGGAGGAGGAGGAUGGGCGCAAAGUGAAGAUCAUCCGCACCUUCCGCAUUGAGACCAGGAAGGCCUCUAAGGCUGUGGCGCGUCGGAAGAACUGGAAGAAAUUCGGCAACUCGGAGUUCGACGCUCCGGGCCCCAACGUGGCCACGACCACCGUGAGCGAUGACGUCUUCAUGACCUUCAUCACCAGCAAGGAGGACCUGAACUGCCAGGAGGAGGAGGACCCCAUGAACAAGCUGAAGGGGCAGAAGAUCGUGUCGUGCCGGAUCUGCAAGGGCGACCACUGGACGACGCGCUGCCCCUACAAGGACACGCUGGGCCCCAUGCAGAAGGAGCUGGCCGAGCAGCUGGGCCUGUCCACGGGCGAGAAGGAGAAGCUCCCAGGAGGUGCGGCUGGGGAGGGCAGGGGGCACAAUGGGGCACUCUGGCUUGACUGUGGGCUGGCCAGCGGGGGCAAGGCAGGUCCCCAGGCGUGGGAGAUGGGCAGGGGGCUGUGUCCAGAGAUCUGGGGCUAUGUGAAGGGAGAUUUAGGAGGGAGCUGGUGCCACCUGGCGAUGGGAGGCCCAUCUGGAGGGGUGGGGUCUCCGCGGGGUGGUGCUCACCUCUUGGCCCCCCUGCAGGGAGAUUUAGGAGGGAGCUGGUGCCACCUGGCGAUGGGAGGUAGGGGGAGCCCUGCAUGGACACGCAGGGCUCUCCCCAUGUGCCCCAGGAGCAGUAGCACCCCCUGGGGGUGCCUGUCCCUGGUGCUGGGCUGUUCCCACUGCCCUGACUGGCCCCUUUCCCCAGCCGACGACAACGCCACCAUCCGGGUCACCAACCUGUCGGAGGACACGCGGGAAACCGACCUGCAGGAGCUGUUCCGCCCCUUCGGCUCCAUCUCCAGGAUCUACCUGGCCAAGGACAAGACCACGGGACAGUCCAAGGGCUUCGCCUUCAUCAGCUUCCACCGCCGAGAGGAUGCUGCCCGGGCCAUAGCCGGUGUCUCCGGCUUCGGCUACGACCACCUGAUCCUCAGCGUGGAGUGGGCCAAACCCUCCACCAACUGAGGCCGGCGCCUGCCUGCAGCUCCCGGAAGGGCUGACACCGUUUGGGGACUCGGUCGCUAAUAAAGAUUCAUCCCAGCCGGG